CAGGACCGUAUAGAGAGUGUAUCACUACGACAUCAUCUUGAAUGAGUCCUCUCUAUGGCACUAUGAAAAUGAACACCACUUUACACACGUAAAGGAAACCCCUACUGAGGACGAAUACAUUUGGGAUCAAAGUUUUGGAAUUUCCUGCAACUUUGGAACCUUUGCCAAUUAAGUUGAAUCUUGUCCAUAGACUGCCAAUUGUAGCAACACUUCAGAAUCAGACAGAAUGCACUCCUACAAUCUGGUCCUUUUUGUAUUUGUGUAUUGCCUCACGCUUUUCAUGAUGAUGUGUCUGCCAGGAGUCUCGGCGCAAAAGUCGAAUGGUCCGAGGUGGCUUAUAGGGGACAGAGAGAAUCACUGUGCCAUGGCUUGCGCCAAGACUCAUGGGAAGCCUGUGUGUGGUUCGGACGGCCGCAGUUAUGAUACCAGCUGUGACCUGCAGAGGGAGAAAUGCAAGAACCGUACUCUUACCCUUGCACACAGGGGCCGAUGCAGAGGUAUAAACUGGGUGAGGAUAGAUCAACCUCCAAUUCUCCCUGCACCUACACUUGCUUCAGAGGGCAAAGAACUUGAAUUGAAAGAAGCGGGCCAGUCAAAGUGUCGGACGGAGAGGAGCCAGGCUUUGGAACAGGCGAAGAGGCCACAGGAAUCCAUUUUUAUUCCAGAAUGUAAUGAUGAUGGAACAUUUGCCCAGGUCCAGUGUCACACUCUCACAGGAUACUGUUGGUGUGUGACAAUAGAUGGCAAGCCAGUGAGCGGUUCUUCUGUCCAGAACAAAACGCCAGUGUGUUCAGGGCCAGUAACAGAUAAAACACCAGGACCUCCUAGCUCUGGCAGAAAAGUCUCUUUCCGUUUCUUUCUCACCCUCAAUCCAGAUGAUGGUUCCAAGCCCACACCUACCAUGGAGACACAUGUCGUCCCAGAAGGUGAGGAGAUUACAGCCCCGACAUUGUGGAUUAAGCAGCUGGUAUACAAAGAGAACAAACAGAACAAUUCAAAUAGUAGGAAGCCAGAGAAAGUUCCCUCUUGUGACCAGGAGAGGCAGAGUGCUCUGGAUGAGGCCCGGCAGAACCCACGGGAGGCCAUCUUUAUCCCUGACUGUGGCCUGCUUGGUCUUUACAAGCCAGUCCAGUGCCACCAAUCCACUGGUUACUGCUGGUGUGUGCUGGUGGACACUGGGCGACCCAUACCUGGAACCUCCGCUAGGUAUAAGAUACCAGAAUGCAACAGUGCAGCUCGUUCUCGAGUCUCAGAAUUGGAGGAUCCCUUCAGAGACAGAGAUCUGACAGGGUGUCCAGAGGGAAAGAAAGUGGAAUUUAUAACCAGCUUGUUGGAUGCUCUUACUACUGACAUGGUUCAAGCUAUCAACUCACCAACACCCUCUGGUGGUGGGAGGUUUGCUGAGCCUGAUCCAAGCCACACACUGGAGGAACGGGUGGUUUAUUGGUACUUUGCCCAGCUGGAUAACAAUGGCAGUCACGACAUCAACAAGAAGGAGAUGAAGCCCUUCAAGCGCUAUGUGAAGAAGAAAGCCAAACCCAAACGAUGUGCCCGCAAGUUCACAGAAUACUGCGACCUCAACAAGGACAAGACCAUCUCCCUUCAAGAACUCAAAGGCUGCCUAGGAGUCAAUAAAGAGGGUAGCACUACAAGCAUCAGUCAGGGGGCAAGUAGGUUAUCUGGUUUGAAGACAGAAAGUUCCAGAAGCUGAGGCAGUAGCAAAAGCACAGUGGGAAUUCAACUGUACACUGCUGGAAGAGUACAUCGAAGGAUUCUUAAAAGAAGAAAAAGAUUAUUAAGACGUUCCUAAAGAAAAGAUACACUGCCUGGCCAAAAAAAAAAGUUGCACACUCCAAUAUGCCUUUAAUUAUGAUUCUGGCGCACAUUCUUCUUGGCAUCGUUUCGACAACAUUAUGCAACGUCACAACAUUUAUUUCUGUCCAGAGUUGCAUUCAUUUUUGGCCGAGAUCUUGUAUUGAUGACGGGAGAGUCAAACCACUCCUUAAAGUCAUGUCCAGAACAUCCCAAAGACUUUCAAUGGGGUUCAGGUCAGGACACUGUGGUCGUCGAUUCAUAUGUGAAAAUGAUGUGAUAGAGUGGAUCCCUGAACCACUCUAUCACUCGCAUCUUGGCAUUGUCAUCCUGGAAUAUGCCCGUGCCGUCAGGGAAGAAAAAAUGCAUUGAUGGAUAACCUGGUCAUUCAAUACAUUCAGGUAGUCAGCUCACUUCAUUUUGUUGCCACAUAAACUUGCUGUGCCUAGACCUGACCAACUGAAGCAACCCCAUAUCAUAAUACUGCCUCCAGAGGCUUGUACAGACAGCACUAUGCAUGACGGGUGUAUCGCUUCAUGCACUUUCCUUCUUACCCUGACGCACUCAUCACUUUGGAAUAGGGUAUAUCUGGACUCAUCAGAUCACAUGACCUUUUUCCAUGGCUCCACAGUCCAAUCUUUAUACUCCCUAGCAAAUUGAAGUUGUUUUUUCUGAUUAGCCUCACUAACAAGUGAUUUUCUUGUGUCCACAGAGCAGUUUAGUUCCAAUCCUCUAAGUUCUCGUCGCAUUGUGCCUGUGGAUAUGCUCUUACUUUCACUAUUAAACAUAGCCGUGAGGUCUACUGUCGAUUUUUCAUGAAGUGACUUCACCAAGUGUCUCGGUCAGUUCUUAACCCAAUUCCAGUGAUAGUUAUAUUGGCCAAUAAUCUACCCCUUCUGAAACACAGUAACAUCUUUUCCAUGAACACAGGAUACGUAUUCCGACAUGAGAAGCUCCACACUGCAUCAGUUAGGGUUAAAAUAAUUGUUGUCAGCUGAAACAUAUGAAUCCCUGCAAUAAUGAUACAAUCAUUGGCUCUUAAGUAUCUGCUUAUUUAAAUCCAAAUGGUGACUUUUUUUUUUUUUUUUUGGCCAGGCAGUGUAUGAUGACCAUUAUAACAUGGAGCCAAAAUAUUUGCACUUUCUUCUCCCAUUGUUAGACAUUUAAACAAUGUUCUUGUAUGUGUUGUAAACUUUUUAUUAAUAUGAUUAAAGAUUGACAAAAAUGUACACUAUAUGGCCAAAAGUAUGUUGACACACAAACACUACACGCACAUGUGCUUGUUGAGCAUUUCAUUUAAAAUAAUCAGAUUUAAAAUGGGGUUGAUCCCCCAAACAGCUUCUGGGAAGGGUUUCCCCUCUAGUUGAUGGAAUAUAGCUGCAGGGAUUUUCCCCCAUUCAGACACAAGAGCAUCAAUGAGGUCCAACAAUGAUGUUGGGCAAUGGGGCCUGGCUUGCAGUUGGCAUUCCAAUUAAUUCCAAAGGUGUUUCUACAAUUAUUUAGUAUGCCAUUGUAUGGCAUAACAUUUAGAUUUUUCUUCACUGGAAAUGGGCCUAAUUAAUAAGAAGAGAGUGUCCACAUACUUUAGGCCAUGCAGUGUAUGUCAGAUAACACAGCCUAUAAGUGUGAAUGACUAUAUGCUACCAUCCACAAUUCAUUUUCAGCACAUCCACACUCACCGCUUAUCAAGACAGUAUUAUAUAGUUAUUAUUUAGUGUUUGUAUGAGACAUUUAUAAGUGCUAAAUUUAAAGAAUGACUAAAAAUGCUUCUUCACCUGUUUGCAGUUGUUUUUGUAAAUAUUCACUCAUCCAGUUUGUUUGCUUCGUUGUUCACCUUGGCAACAAAACUAAUGGAGCAUUGAUAGUGAACAAGAAAUGAAGCAAAAUCUUUUCUGUAAACAAACAUUAGCUACGGUCUCAAGACCUGCACCUAAGGACACUAUAAUGUUCACUUAACAACUGCCUGAGAAUUAGCAAUAUGUUCCACAUGGUUCAUUCAGAAGUCAUAGGUUAAAAACAAUAGCAUGCAAAAUUAGCUUUGGUAUUCACGAAACACUUUGCUGAGCUUUACCUUCUUCAAAUGGAUUAUUCAGUGUGUUCAUGGUGUGCCUCACAUAUUGAACAAUUUCAAGUUGUUAUUUGUUGUAGUUUUUUUUUGUUGCUUUUUUUAUUCGUCUUCAAUUUCCAACCAUAAAGUUAAAGCUGGGCCUUAAAACCUGCUCUUUCUAGUCACAUUUAUUUGUAGUUUCCCGGCUUAAUAUGCAGAGUCAACUAUGGGUAAACUAAAAGUGUAGCAAAUUAAAAAGUGUAGCAUUGUGGAUCUGUGGCACAAAACAUUCCUCUGUUUGUUUGAGUGACCACCGUGGUACUUUUUUGUGCAGGACCCUAUUUCUAUCUGGCUAGAAGUGGACUUUAUUUUGGUGAUUAUCUUGGUCUCAAAAUAAACCAGUGAAAUAAAGGUACAAAAUGAUGCUCACCACCUACAACUGUAAAAAUAUAAAUGGCACAUCUGGGCUUAUACAUCCUGUCUAUUGUGAUGUAUUGUUAAGCAUCUGUGUUAGCUGGAGUGUGUUAUUUUUAUUUUAUUUUAUUUUGGCCAAUGUUAUGUUUCAGGAACAAAAGAGAGAAAAGGGUAAUUCAUGAAAAAUGAAAUGGAUAUAUUUAGAUAUAUGAUAGAUAUAUCAUUUCCUUAUUCAGUGGGUUUAGAAAUAAUAAAUAAUUGUCCAUCCUGAAAGCUAAACUAGCAAUAUCUUGCAAGAAAACAAGACAAAUACUGUUGAGAUAUAAUUACAGUAUAUGUAUGCCCUAAGAGUUAUGACAUUAUUUUUCUAAUUUUGGAAAUAUGUGGUUUGUUGGUUUUUAUGUCUGGAUGUGUGUGUUUUUUUUUCUUCUUUGCUUAUGGAUAUGUACUUGGAAGCCAUUGCUUUGGCUCAAAAAUUAAAAUAGUCAAGUUGUAAAUAUUUAUCAUAUGUCAUUUGGUAUUUUCAAAAAGUCAAUCUUAAAACAGUGUUUAGCGAACUCUGAUAGCAAUGCCAUCAUUAAUUAGAAUAUAUCAUAGAGUUAAUUGUAUAAGUAGGCUGUUUUGCUCUCAUAAUAAAAUUGCUGUUUUUUUUUUUGUUUGUUUUUAAGUCUGUUCAUCACAAUGUUAAAUUAACAGCCAGUCACAAUACACUUUUAAAAAUCAUGUGUCAUCUUGUUUUUUUU